ACUAGGAAGUAGCAGGAGUCCCAGCAGCAGUAAACAGUUCAGUGUUUAUUUUGAUUAAACUAAUACAUUUCUGACUUUAAUACAAUAUAUUACUUCAUAACGGAUCCCAGAACACACACUAAAGCUCUGAGGUCCAAUCGACACUAUGAACAGAAGUCGAAACCCUCCACCGAAAGGCCAAGGAGCUGCCCGGGCCAAACAGAUGGGCCUGCUGUUGGAUCUGUCUCCGGACGGGGGCCUGGACGACUCUGGAGGAAACGAGGAGGAGCUGGAGGCCGAGCUCCUCGCUCUGAUGGGAGGUGGAGGUGGUGGAGGUGGCAAGAAACCCGGCGGAAAAACUUCGGUUGGCAUGGAUGAAAUCGAGCGCAUGGCCGCUCUGUGCAUGAAAGACCUGGACGAGGACGGGGAGGACGCCGCCGACCUGGAGAACGACGCCGACCUUCUGGCCGAGCUGAACGAGGUCCUGGACGACGACGACGAGGAACCCGCCCCAAAGCCGGCGCCCGCGCCCGCCCAUGCGCCCGCCCACGCCCCGGCCGCCCCGGGAGGGCUGGAGUCGCGCCUGCAGGAGCGCAUCGACAUGUACCAGACGGCCAUCUCCAACGCCAAUGCGGCGGGCGAGGGCAGCAAGGCUCGCAGGUACGACCGCGGCCUAAAGACGCUACAGUCCAUGCUGGCGUCCGCCAGGAAGGGAAUACCGAUCGACGAGGAGGAGAUCCCGCCCCCGGUCGCGACCGGCGCCAAAUCCAACCAAGAGCCCGUCAAAGAGCGGGAAGAACCGGCACCGGAACGCGCACCGCCGCCAGCACCCAAACCUCAGCUUCUGCUGCCGUCCAAUCAGAGAACACCGGCCGUGACGCCGGAUACGCCGGCGAUAUCACCUUUGACCCCUGUUCAGUCGAGCGCCCAGCAUUCCGAGCUGAAGGCCAGCGUGCUGACCCGACAGAGGGAGUACAAACUGGCCGCUCUUCAGGCCAAGCAGGGCGGAAACACAGACCUGGCCAGGCAGCACCUUGUCGUCGCCAAGAAAUUGGACUCUGUGAUCGAGGCGAGUGGACAGAGGAGAAACCCAUCGAUGCUGCCCUCACUUCCUCCCCUCCUCAUCCUCCUCUUGGACCGUCCUGCUUUCCGCCCAGUGGACUGGACCCACCGCGACCCUGAUCAGGACAAAGACGAUGAACGAACGAACGAACGCACGUUGUUCGCCGCCUUGUUGUUCUUCCUCUCAUCCACCAGGUGGCAGCAGUGCAGCGCGCGUCUCUACAUGCGUCAUGACGUCACCAGCCCGCCGACGUGA